UCAUAAAAAUAUGACGUAACGAUGAAAAUAGUUAUAAAAAUGCAAAAAUGUAUGAAAUUAUGAUCAUUAUUUUACGUGAAGCCAUCAGUAAGUGGUGACAAUUGUUGAAUUUUGGAAAUUUUCGAAAAUUUCAGUAUGAAUUUCCUCGUGUUGUCGAUUGUGGUUACCAUGGCGGCCUUCGUAGCUGCUGAAACUUAUACGGACAGAUACGAUCACAUCAACAUCGACGAGAUCAUCGAGAACAGGAAACUGCUGGUGCCUUACAUCAAGUGUACCCUGGACCAAGGAAGAUGUACUCCAGAAGGCAGGGAACUGAAAGCUCAUAUCAAGGACGCUAUGCAGACCUCCUGCUCCAAAUGUACUGACAAACAGAAGAAGGGUGCCAGGAAGGUCGUCAGACACAUCAGAGCCAAGGAACAGGAGUACUGGAAGCAGAUCCUCGCCAAGUACGACCCUGAAGACCAAUACAAAGAGAACUACGAAACCUUCCUCGCUGCUGAAGACUGAGAGGUCAAUUUAAAAUAGGAAUCUAAAUUCAAAAAAGAAAAUUAAGUCGAUUGUUUUAAGUAUUGUAGUUUAAUAAACAUCAGAACCAAUUAUAGUGUUUAAAUAGAAUUUUGUAUAAAUGAUAUGUAUACGGUCCA